AUCCACAAACAGGGCCAAAGAAAAUAAGUUAUAGUUUAAUAGUAUAUUUAAAAUAUUUAUUUGAUUGAUUUAAAAUAUAGUUUUAUAGUAGUAUCUUUAUCUGUGUUUAUAUCUAUGAGUAAGAAUAUCGUUAUUUCAAAAUCCUGUCUUAUAUUGUUAAUCAGGAUUGUUUUAAUCAUACUAAUCUAAUCCUAUUACUUCAAAUGAUUUUGAAAGGUAAAUAUAUAAACUUGGCAUCUUUUUUGCCAGGUUUUAAGAAAUGUCACUCUUCAUUUGCUGCUUUAAAAAAUAAGAGCAAAUCUGAACUUCCAUCUUUAGAAACGCCCAAUUCUGAGAAAGGUGGGGACUCCGAAUUCCCUUAUUACAUAGAAAACGGAAUGCGUAAGGUAUAUCCUUAUUACUACACUCAUUCUACGUAUUGCAAAGGACGAUGGAUACGACGGAAGUUAAUUGAUUGCUAUGCUAAUGAAUUCUCUCUAUACCCACGAGAAGAAUACGUUAUACGAGCCACAAAUGGAAAACUGAAAGUCAACGGUAAAGCAGUGAGUGCUGAUUACGUUCUAAAGAAUGGUGAUCUCAUUGAAUCGACAAUUCAUAGACACGAGCAUGCAGUUUUGGCAUCACCUAUUCACACCAUUUAUGAAGAUGACGAAUUGUUAGUCAUCGAUAAGCCACCGUCGCUACCAGUUCAUCCAUGCGCUCUUUAUAAUUACAACACCAUAUCUAAUGUUUUGUCUCUAGAGUAUGGCUAUAAAAAUUUAUAUGUAGCACAUCGUUUGGACAGAUUGACAUCAGGUGUGCUGAUAUAUGCUAAAAACUCUAAGAAGUCUCGGGAGUUGCACGAUCUCUUAAAUUUGCGUAAUAUCAGAAAAGAGUAUGUGAGCAGAGUUGAGGGGGAAUUUCCUGAUGGAAUUAUUGUUUGCAAUAAACCUAUUAAACAGGUCUUUAACAAAGUCGGUAUAAACAUAGUGAGUCCCCUCGGAAAGACGAGCAUCACCGAGUUCGAGAAGUUGAGUUUCGACGGGAAAUCCAGCGUCGUUUUGUGUAGACCCCACACGGGCCGAACUCACCAAAUAAGAGUCCAUUUACAGUAUCUAGGUCAUCCGAUUAUCAAUGACUAUUUGUAUAAUAGUCAUGUUUUUGGUCCCCAAAAAGGUAAAGAUGGCUUGUUUAACAAAUCUAUUGAAGAACUUAUGAAUGAUUUAGUAGAGGAACACUCCUCAAAUUGGUGGUUGGAGAACUCCCCAGGAAGACCUACGGCUGAUGAUGAAGACUUGUUGCAUGUGCUGACAAGUAAAUAUAGCCAACACGCAUUUAAAGGUGAAAGAUAUGAAAAAGAUUCAUCGAGAUUUAAGUACGAUGAGAGUUGUCAUUUUUGUAAGCAAAAAUAUCGUGAUCCAAAGCAAGCUAAUCUGCUGAUGAUGUUGCAUGCUUAUAAAUAUGAGAGUGACCAAUGGCAGUUUAAAACAGAAAUGCCUUUCUGGGCUGCUGAUGACUAGUGUAAGAUUUAAUAAAUUAAUUUUUAGAAUUGG